ACGAUCCAUCGCUCGCGGACGCGUAAAUCGUACGCGUUGAAUCUCGAGCGUCGAGCUUCCGACGGAUCGUCCGCGUCGCGUCUCGCGCUCGUCGAUUCAAAUGAUUUCGAGCAACGACGAGAGAGAGAGAGGGCGGGCGGCAUCGGCGAGGAGAUCGGACGGUGGGGAGGGCUGACGGAAGGGGAGGAGACGUCAUAACGUGGACGACGCUGGCAGCACCGGCGCGCCGCGACUCCUCGCUCGUACCAGUUUUGCGUCGGACGGCUUGUCGUUGUGUCGUACGUAAAGCCGGAGACAUCAGGUGUACAACGUCGGGAGCGGUCGAGCGAGCCGAGACGGGCCAGAAAGAGAGGAGCGGCGCGGAUGGCGAUCGCUAAGGAAGGUCGAGGUUGAACCUGGUGACAAGUGCGCGAGCAGCCAGGGAUAUCGGGGUAUGCCUCGUAUCCGCGCGUCAUCACGGCGUCUCGAGUCGAUGGCACGCGCUCGCAGCAGCAAGAGACGUGACAGAAGAGGGUGGCGACGUACAGCGACGGGGACGAAGAGGAGGACGCUGCGUGCUCGGUCGCGCGGCGAAACAACGGCGGCGUGGUGAGAAGGAGAAGGAACGAUCGAGGGAAAGAGAGCGCGCGCGUAUAUAUAUAUAUAUAUAUAUAUAUAUGUGUGUGUGUACAUGUGUGUGCGUGCGUGCGAAUGAAGCAGGAACGAGAAGUGCGAGAAGGGACAGAGUGCUAGACUGAGGUAGCGCGCUCUCUCGUGUCGCUCGCGAUUUUGUGGCGACACGGUAGCGCGGCACGGGCUACCAGAGGGUGUUUCGAAACGCGGUAGCGGCGGCCCAGGAUGCUGGCCGACGUAGCGGGAAGAUGGCCGUGAUCGGCGAACGCAGGUAUCACGCGGCGAUCCGUGCGAGCGCGUACGCGGAAUUGUCCUCGUACCCCCGUGGAAUCGACGGCCAAGCCGAGGCAGCAUUGGGCGCGUUACCGUCACCGUCGUCCUCGUCGACCUCCUCCUCGUUGUCGUCGUCGUCAUCGUCGUCGUCCACUGCAUUGACGGCGUUGACGCGCCGCCGUCGACACGGAAAGAAAGGCGCGGCGUGCUACUCGCCGCCGUCGCAGCUCGCGAUGUCGUCCAGGCGCGGAAGCUGCCUGGAGCCCGGCGAGCUCAGCGAUCCCGACGACGGCUACCUGGAGACGGACCCGAUCAGGUCGGAGCUGCGCAACAUACAAAGCGUCAUACACGUCACGCGACAGAACAUCGACGCGCUGAACAGGCGCUUCGCCGGCUUCCAACAUCCGCCUCUCAUCUACCUGAACGAGUAUGAGGAGCUGACGACGAAAUUGCACGAUUUCGAGUGCAAGGAGCAGAAGCUGAACGAGCUGCUGAACGCUGCGAGAAUCUCCAGUAGUGUGUCCAUGUCGGAGAGUGACAACAGUAUCACCAAGGGCCUGAGAACAUCGGUGAAAUCCUUCAACACGUUGAGAGCGUACCUGCCUAAUCAGCAACGUACCAGCGUGCAGGUGCGGGAAGGGCUUUCCCUGAGGGAUGCACUAGCCAAAGCGAUGAAACUCCGAAAUCUCACCACCGAGAUGUGCGCAGUGUACAUUCUGGGUAUGGACAACUCCAAGUACUUGAUAUCCUGGGAUGCGGACAUCUCGUUGCUGGAGUGCGACGAGAUAUCGGUGGAAAUAUUGGAUAAGUUUCCCAUAACCACCUCCAUCUCGCACAACUUUGUGCGUAAAACGUUCUUCUCGCUAGCCUUCUGCGAAUGCUGCAGGAAGCUUCUGUUCCAGGGCUUUUAUUGCAGAACGUGUAAUUACAGAUUUCAUCAGAGAUGCGCGGGCGGUGUUCCUGCCCUGUGCCAUCAAGUACGCAUGCAAGAUGCUUAUUAUCAGGCGUUACUCGCGCACAAUCCAGAAACCACCGCCGGGAUUCUGCAGCUACCGUCUGGCUAUGGCUUGAGCAGAAGCAUGUCCCCUUCUCUGGCACCGUCGAGAAAUCAGAGGCAUCCGCGUUCCCUGGGUCAGCAAGAUCGCUCGAGUUCGGCGCCCAACGUCUGCUUCAACAUGGUGAAACCUGGCGGUGAACCUGUCAAUCUAGACGAUUACAAUAGAUCUCAGAGUUUAGGUAGACCUGCCGGCAUUGUUCAGAGUCCUGUCUCACCUGGCAGCAGUCCAACGAAGCACAGUCACUCCACGCAGGCUAGUCCCACCAGUACCUUAAGGCCCAAGCGACCAAGAGCGAGGUCUGCCGACGAAUCUUCGAAGAAUCUCUUAGCGCCGAGAGAAUCGAUCGAGGAUUGGGAGAUCCCGGCGGAUGAGAUCCUCGUAGGACCGCGUAUCGGAUCGGGAUCAUUCGGAACCGUGUACAAGGCGCAUUGGCACGGACCAGUCGCGGUGAAGACGCUCAACGUCAAGAUCCCCACGGCCGCGCAGUUACAAGCAUUUAAGAACGAGGUAGCUGUCUUACGUAAGACUCGGCAUGUGAAUAUCUUGUUGUUUAUGGGCUGUGUCAGUAAGCCGCAGCUCGCGAUCGUUACGCAAUGGUGCGAGGGUUCGUCCUUGUACAAACACCUGCACGUGUUUGAAUCGAAAUUUGAAUUACUAACCCUGAUAGAGAUUGGCAGGCAAACGGCACAAGGCAUGGACUACUUGCACGCGAAGAACAUUAUUCACCGAGACCUCAAGAGCAACAAUAUAUUUCUGCACGACGAUCUCACCGUGAAGAUUGGUGAUUUCGGUCUGGCAACGGCGAAAACGCGAUGGUCCGGCUCUCAACAAUUUCAUCAGCCGACCGGUUCUAUUUUGUGGAUGGCACCGGAGGUUAUCAGGAUGCAAGAGGAAAAUCCGUACAGUUUUCAAUCCGAUGUCUAUGCGUUUGGUAUAGUGUUGUUCGAGCUACUGGCUGGUCAGCUGCCGUAUUCGCACAUAAACAACAAAGAUCAGAUAUUAUUUAUGGUAGGACGUGGCCAUCUGCGUCCUGAUUUGAACAAAUUACGUUCCGACACACCGAAAGCGCUGAAAAGACUCACCGAGGACUGCAUCAAGUUUUCACGGGAUGACCGACCGAUAUUUCGCCAGAAUUUGGCCAGUCUCGAGAGCCUCCUGCGUGGUUUACCGAAGAUAACGAGAUCGGCUUCCGAACCAAAUCUGAAUAGAACGCAGCUGCAGUCCGAUGAUUUUUUGUACACCUGUGCUUCACCAAAGACCCCGGUGAACUUUCAGUUUGGAGCAUUUCCCUUUUAUCCUUCCGGUGGAAACAUAUGAAUGUACGAAUGGCUGAUACAUUACGAGUCGGGUGCACUUUGCAUAAAGGAAGUAUUUAAGAUAUUGAACGUAACAAUAAGCUUAGCUGUAUGGACAAGUCUGCAUAAUUCUUUCCCACUACACUUUGAUCGUAUUGCAAAUGUUUGCUCGAUGUAGAAUGUGAUAACAUUCUUUGAUAUACAAUAUAUAAGUCGUGGAAGAAAGAGAGGACAAAAAUCAGUUAUCCGAGAGAAGAAAAGCUGGGAGAAAGCAUGUGUAGCUUUCAUCUUUAGAUAUUUACCGUUUACAAUGAUAAACUUUCGUUUUAUUAGGUACGAUCAUCCAUGUAUUAUACAUACUCUCAUAUACAUAUACGCACAAGUGUACAUAUAUACGUGCAUACGUGCAUACACGUCAAUGUAGCGGUCUGUUAAUUUCGCGGAAUCCUUAUGAAGGAUAUAAAACUAGAUUAAGUCGUAAGAGUGAAACGGCAUUUAAGUCGUGCGGGCCGUCGCUUGUCUGUGACAUAUUUUUCCAAAGGCCGAAGUAACUUUUGCAAUUUACUUUCCUCAUUUUGUCUCGAGUAUGCUCACGCAAUUAAAAAUUCUCUUCUCAUAGUCACCCUUACAGUCAUUAUACACAUGCCAUUAUUGGUGCAGGUUUGCUUUGUUACGGUAAAUCAGAACGAUGUGAGAGGCCGCGUCGCAGAAAGAUAUGUUGUAAUAACGUAAUAGAUUUCUAUUUAAGAAAGCAUUACAUUUAUAAAGUAACAUACACGCAUGUACUCAUUAAUGAACUUUCAAAAUGACUUUGAAUAAGCCUGCUGAAUUAGUGAUAUUGAUUAAAAUGGAAAGAAAUUCUUCGACACGCUGUAAAAUGCUUAUCUUAUUUGACGAAUCGUUUCUGAGGAUACUCAUAAUUAUUCAUUCGCUACGAUUAAGUGUUUUAAGUAAUAUAAUUAGAAAUGUGCAUAUAUAAUGGAUAACGAUUUCAUGUGUGGCGUGUGUAUAAUCCACACAUUGUUCUGAAAUAAACACGCGCUCUGAAAAGAGUUUUCUUGUAUAUGCUCAAAGAGACAUGUAAGCUUGUUUGCUUCGUAAUUCAGUUAUGUGAUAUUUAUUUUCUCAAAGAUCAAAUUUAACAAGAUACGUUCGACAAAUCGAGAAGCUGAAGUGCGAGAACAGGAAAGAAGCGAUGUAUUAAGUAUUUCUGUUAUUUAAUAAAAUGUCGUAAGUUUCAAACUGGAAGGAACCAUGAAUGGGAGAAAAAAUUUUCGAGCAAUUUUGGACCCACUUGUUCUUUCGUUUUGUAAGAUUAAAUGUGUAAAGAGAUUAAAUGUGUUGAUAGUACAUAUCUAACGUCAAGCAGAGUAUAGUUGAUCUGAAAAUGCUAGUACGACUAGUUUUCGAUCGACGUUCUCUUCUGUAAAAUAUUUCCGAGCAUCGGUGAGAAAAUGAUAUUGUGGCCUAAGAUAGAUAGUAAUUGUUGCUGGUAACAAGCGUUAAUAGGAUACGUGUAUUAAAAAUUUAACAACAAGGCGCUUAAUCAUAUCCGCUUCGAAAAGUUCUUUUACGAGACUUUUACCGUAGAUUUCGCUUGUCUAACUUUGUAACUAACUCGUGUAUCUCGCGUGUAAAUUUAAGUUUCACAGUUAAUUAUUCGAAUGCGACAACGAUACAAGGGGAAAGAGAGAAGCGAUCUUGACAUUGCGCGCACGGGCUUUCAUAAUGUAUCGAUUUACGUUUAAUUGGUGUUAGAUAACACUUCAAAAAUAUGCAUGCGUCUCCUACGCGAUGUGCAACUUUCCGAGGCAAUUGUGAUGCAGGAGAUUAUGCAGGAAUAUCACUACAAAUUAAUCCGCGAUACAAUGGGACUUGUUAUUAGCGUGGAAGAAUUGUAUAAUGCCGUGUGUCACUUUAAAUCUUCAUCACAAUUAAAUGUGUUUCACAUAACGUGCGUUACGAAUGGUAUACAUGCGCGGAAGGAAAGUGCAUCACCACAACGAACGCUCUUUAUUGUUCGGCGUAUAGUUCUAUUAUCGAAAUUGUAUUUAAUUAAAUAAUUAAGGAUGUGGUGACAUAUAACUAAAAAUUAGAAAGUAGCUUUUUAUGAAGUAACAUAUCAGUAUCUCAUGCUAACGAUAUGAUAAUACUUUAAAGCGGCUUUCAAUAGGUUGCCAUGAAUACAUUUCAUACAUCGAAGUACAAUUCUUUUGUUGUACAAAGAAAAUACUUUGAAAAAUAUCACAUGUUGUAAAUAUAUAUAUAUAUAUAUAUUUUCUAAAUAUAUCAUGUAUGUAUUAUCAAUAAUAUUUAAUAUUACAGAGAAAAAAAGGAGAAUAAAAGAUACAUGUAUGUAACAUAAAAUAUAUAUAAUACCAAUUAUGGUUGCUCGUUAAAUGUAUUAUUUCCUAUUAUUAUCAAAACGUGGUGGUAUCGAAAUUUACACAAUCGCUUUGCAUUUAAUCGUUAUCUCUGUUGGAAAUUUUCUUUCGCAAGAGUUAUUCGUGCACCUUCCUUCUUGCGCACAAGAAGUAUGCGAGGCCUAAGGACGAACCUCCCAAAAUCGAAUUGCAAUUCGAGUGUGUGACAUUUGCCCUCCUCCCCCCCUUUUAUUCCAUGACACCCCGCAUUUUGUUAUUUAUUUAUUUAUGCGUAUUUUACAAUGCAACGCGACGACUCGUGCGAUUGUCGACAAGUGCCGGACUUCAAAGCCCGUCGAAAGUAUGAGAAAAAUUAACUGCGAGUGCGAUAGAACGAAAUAAAGAAAGAAAGAAAGAAGGAAGCUCGUGGCGAGGAUGACCGGAGAAUGCGGUUAAAUAUGAGAAAUGCGGACACAAUAAACGAAGCGAAGGACUGAAAUUGUACAUCGCGAGCGCGUUGUAAAUUACAGCAAGGCUUGCGCAACGUUGAUAACGCUUUUCCACAUAAACGAAAACAAGGCAGUGAACUAUGACAACCCAUGAUGAUAACGAUAAUGAUCUACGAAAAUUUCAAAGGAGGAGAAGGAGGAGAAAAGCACAAGAAGAAAGCGUACGAUUCUCGUCUUCCGUUAAGAAUUUUGCAUCGAUCUUAGAUUGAUAAGAGGCAUAGAUCUUCCGUUCAAAUCUUUGAUCGAUAUUGAUCAAGAAGCUCGAAUUGUGUUCAGCCUGAUAACUCGAUAACUUAUACUUGUUCUGAUUUUUGCUGUAUUUCGUUGAUAUUGCCAGACAGAUCAUUGUGCGGCCAAAUUUUCUUCCGUUCAAAUCUUUAUGUUACUCGUCUUCCUCCACUUUGAAAAUUUUACGUUCACUGUAAUUUAUUGUUUUGUAAAACCGCGCUCUGAUUAAAACGCAUUUCUUCGCGUGUCAUUAUGUAUUGAUGUGUAUAUUUUAUGUCUCUGUGUGAGGAUUUUCUUGUACGACGUAAUAUAAGCAUAUCGUACGCAUACUUCUUUUGAGAAAAGCGUAGGCAACAAGAAAGAAAAGCAGAUCAACGUAAUGUAACAUUAAGAGCGUAAUGUUUGCGUCUAUUUCGUGCGAACAUAAGGAGGAUCAUUUCUUUCUUUGAUUUGUGACGAAGUAAUAAAAGUAAUAAAACUUUGUGCUCAAAAAAAGAGACGAAUAAAUGUUCAGAAGGGAACUUAUCGUAACGUUAAUAAGAGAUGAAAAGAAUCUGCGACGCUAGACCUGCUUUCCUCGAAGUUCACGAUCGAUUGGAAUCUUUGCUGAAACGAGAAUUUUUCUCGUCGCACCGUGACGUGACAAACUUCGGCUUCCUUUUGUUAAGUUAUGACGACAAUCUGUUAAUUACACAACACUGGGUUUAGCGAGAGAGAUUCGCGUUGUUCUUUUUUUAGAUUAAAAUUCUUCGCCUAUAAUAAGCGCAGAGAUAAAGAUGGGAGAUUUAAUUAAUGGACUUAACGCUAACCGACGUUAGUAAAAUCUGCUUCUCGUUAUAUAAACGAAGUUUGGAUUACAUCUGAUCCCAGCUUACAUCGGCGAGGAAAAAGACACGCGCAGAGUAUCAAUGAAACGAAAUUAUUCUACGAAACCUCGAUACUUUUCAGAAAACGAUUCAGGAAUCAGUUUAAAGUCUUCGAUGUCUCUCGAAUGUAGUAAUUUAUUAUUAAUUAUUAAUAAAUUAUUAUUAAGAGAAAAUUUAAUACUGCUGUCUUUGUAUCAUUUUUUGUUCGUAAGAGACGUUUCUCUUUCGCGCGUUCGUUUAAGUUUUGGAAACACGGUAUACAGGCAAUACGUAGAAAUUCGACGGAUAUUAGCGCUAAUUAUAAGUGAUGUUACGCGCGCGAGUACGUUCUCCGUUGAAGUGUACUUCGAGAUGGAUUCUUCGAUUGCGAACGCGCUUGCUCCGGGAUCGUGCGUGGUCGUAGUUACGAUGAAGAUACUUACCUUGCAGUUGUAAUCUUGACGCAAGAUCGAUCGAUCAGUUAUUGUAUCCAAUAGAAUUCGAGAGAAAGACAAAUAUACGCAUUAUAUAUACAUGCAUACACACACACACACACGAGAGAAAAAGGACAAAAAAAUAAAUUUACUUUAUCUUCGCGUAUAAGUGAAUCUUACUUCUCCGUGCUGCGACUCUUCUCUUCGUCCUUCCCUCCCCCUUUCCCGAGUCUUUUUGCGUUUUGUGUGUGGGACGGUGAUUUAAUGAUUAAUAAUUCAACGAUAACGCGAGCGGCGUAGAUGCGCGUCUACUCACUCUCAUCGAUUUGCAAACUAAGAAAAACAUUAAUCGAAGGUGCUACGACGUAUCACUGAUUUGUUUUUCCUUUUUUUUUCUACCGCGCUUGUUUCCUCCUUUUCCAUGAUGCGAGGUGAAACAAGCUAUUUGCUAUUUCGGUUGAUAUUGAUUAAUGGAUUCAUUACUGCUUUGGGUCACAUGAUAGAGCCACGUGAUGGCCAGAAUUAUUAGAAUUAUGAUCAGGAUCUCGGGCGCGAAAAACCGGCGAGUUAUCGUUUAUUUUUCGCGCCUGCGUCGGUUUUCGUGGUCACUCGUGCAUGUCGCGAAGAAAAAUCGCAGAAUUAAAUAAGGCAGAUUCUCCUUUCUUCGCGCAUCCGCGCGAAUUAUAGUGCUAAGCGUGAUCUCGGCUCUGUCUCGUGACUAAUAUAAAGAUCAUGUUCACGUUAUCAAAGCCCAGACGUAUGGCCAAAUUUAGUACUCGACGUAGGAUCGUGCGCAGCGUGCGCACGUUGAAAUCCUACAAUGUGAAGUACGUUACGCGCGAUCCUUCGGUAUGCCGAUGGGCGGAAGUGAAUCGAUAAUCCAAUACAAGAGUGCGCGAACGUAUAAAUAGCCCACGUGAUAUAUAAAAGGCUAGCGUGUUCACGUGUUUACGAGAAAUUGCGUGUGUAAACGUACGCGCGCGCGCGCGCGUAAUGCCUUUGUCAUCGAUAAUUCUGGAUGCACCGUUGAAUACUUAAUUAAUUCGAAAAACAAUGCGCAUGCACGUGUAUACGUGGCCAUUACGAUCAUUUAUUUAUUAGUUUAAUCAAAUGUAACCAAAUCGAAAUGUUAACUAAUGAUACAUAUACAUGUAUAAGAUGCUUAUUUGUAAUAAUGGCUUAGCGAUUAUACAUAUACAACUAUAAUAUAAUAAUUAUAUACACAAAUAAAUUAUGAAAUUUGUGUGUUGCAGAUGUGUAAAAUAGAAUAAACGAGACUGUAGUUAUUUCCUA